GCCCGCCCGCCCGCCGGGGGCCGCCCGCCUGCCAGGGAGGGGCCGCGCGGACGGGCGAGCGCCGCGUGCCGGGGAGCGGAGGCUGCAGAGCGCCCGGCAGCCGAGAUGCAGCGGCGCCGCCCGAGCCCGGGGCGCCAGGGGUCGGGGCACGCCGGGAGAGGCCCGACGCGGUGCCGAAGGAAGGGUGGUCUUUUCCGCAGAGUUGCAGCUGGAGGACCGAAAGUUUUUGCAGGCAACCCUUGCUUCCAGCUUGUCCCUCUCUCCCCGGGUCCCUGUCGCCCACCGCGAGGCGCCCCCGCGGUAGUCCCGACGGCUUGGUGGGGAGGAGGCCGUGAGGGGUUGCGACCUCCACCACCACCCGAGCCAGGGAAGGGACCCUGGUGACCUCUCCUCCCAGCCUUCACCCCCGUCACCCCUUUCUUCUUUUUCCUGGAGGACUUUGGACCGUGGAGAUUCUGCAGUUGUUGCUCUGGGAGCUGAAACCAGUGGGUAGAUGUGGUUCUGAAACGCAGCACCCUUUUAGCUCUCACCACUGCUUUUUCCCAAGUUGUCACAGCUGAAGCGCACUGAUUUGAAGUUGCUUUGUACGGACUGAGUUCUGCCCUGGCUGAGCCAUCUAAUAAUGUCCCUGAGCUUGGCACCCUGUAUUUCUAAGCCAGUGUUAAGAUGGGCGAGGAAGGAGGAGCUGCCGAUUUGCCUUUAGUUGUGAUGUUUGUUCAACCAAUAUUGCCUGUUAUGGAACAGCUGCCUUCAGGAGGGAAAGAUGGGUGAGACCUAUCCUCACCCUCACAGAGAAGCAGUCUGGUGGUCUCUGAAAGAAGGAAAUUGUGAAACUUACCGACUCCUUGGGAAAACAGGACAGUGUGUUAUACAUGACGUUGUUCAACAUUUGCCAUGUCCAGAAGAUCACGGGAAACAGAACCUCACCUCAUGCCCACAGGAUGCUGUAAAGAUGGGCCCAAUGACGACAGCCAGCUCAGAUCUUGGUGAAGCUUCCCGUGAGAUGAUUUUCCAAGACAAAUAUCUCAGACUUAGGGAAAUGAAUUAUUGACAGAUAUUGUCUUCUAAGUAUCUAAAAAGGCCAACCUCUGUGAGUGGUAGUUGGGAAUUUUCUUGAACGAUGUGGACGCUCCCAGCUGUCCGUCAGGCCAGAAGGGAGAAAGUAGAGCCAUGGAAAGUGAAGCCUGGAGGAGAGGGAGAGAGCAGACCUGAGACAGGGCAUGGAACCCCUGGGCUUCUCAGAGGGGAAGGGACUGAAGUUCUCUCUGGGUGGUGGGAGAAAAGCAGAUGAACCCUGUGGGCUGGGAGCUGGGCCAGGCAGCGUCUGGAAAGGGGACCUGUCUGGAAUGACCAAGGUGUGACUCUGGAAUCCUUCAAAUCCAGUACCCCAUUGUAAGGUUUUCUGUAUUGUCAUUUCUUUUACUUUACCCAAGAUUUUGUCAUUUAGACUGAGCCUUUGAUAGCUGUGCUAUGGGAAACUAAAUUAUGAGUUUAUACUUGUGUAGGAGCCACAACAGGAAGGCUGCAAGUAUCUAGCUCAUGCCAGCCCUGUGUGGUAACAUCACCAUUAUUCAAGAAAAGAUGGCAGUGCUGGGACCCCGGCAGGCAGCCAAGUACCAAAUAGUAAAUGCCUAACUCUCAUCAGUUACCUUGCAUCGUGGGCUUCUUCGAUCAGAAAUCUAGUAUUGGCAGCAUGUCAGAUGGCCACCAGUUACGAAGAGCUUCCCCAUUUCCGAAACCCCCCAGCUUCUCAAGGGUCUGCGAACUGGAGAAACCAGUUAUGCUAAAGGAGUCAUAGACCCAUUCUUUUCUCUUUUUGAGGGCUGGGGUGGGGAAUGGUAGAGUGGAACAACAUCUUCUAUUCAUCUACUCCUUCAAGAAGCAUUUCCAGAGCUCUCCUCUGUGGCAGGCCCUACCCGAGAGGUGGAAAAGAGAAAUCUGGACACGUCGUAUGUCUCGGUUUUCCAAAGGCAUUUCACGAAGUCAGUAAUAAACUCUGUUGGGCUGAAUGGUGGCCCCUGAAGAUAUCAGGUCCUAAUACUUGAAACCUAUGAAUGUUACCUUAUAUGGUAAAGGCUUUGUAGAGGUGAUUAAGUUAAGGAUCUUGAGUUGGAGAGAUUAUCCUGGAUUAGCCAGUUAGGCCCUAAAUGCCAUUUAAUGUAUCCUUAUAUAAGAAGGAGGCAGAGAAAUAAUGACAUGCACAGAGGAAAAAGCGAUGUAAAGAUGGAGCAGGAAAGAUUUAAAGAUGUUGGCGAUGGAGAUUGGAGUGAGACAGCUACACACCGAGGAACACUGCAGCCAGGGGGAACUGGAAGAGAUGGAGAACAGAUUCUCCCCACAGAGCUGCUGGAGGAGUGAGGGAUUUUGGCCCAUUGAUUUUGGCCCACUGAAACAGCUCCAUCAAAGGCAGGCUGACUAUGGGAUUCUGCCACCAUGGCCACAGUCGAUUGGAGUGGGAAAGUACCUGAGCCAUGGCCAUAACGUGGUCUGGGGUAAAAGCCUGCCCACGAAGGCGACAGUGCCAAAUGCAGCUGAGGAGAUGUCCUUCAUGGAAUUUGAAGGAGAACCCAAAGGGGCACAUAUGAAAAACUGGAUGAUGCCAACUGUCGGUGAGGAUACGGUACAACAGGAAAUCUAUAUGCUGCUGAUGGAAUGUAGGAUUACAGAAACUUCUUUGGUCUAUUUCCAUGACUGCAUUCAGUGGAGAUGUUAUGCCCAGACCGUUUAUUCCCCGAAGAAGACCACUAGAGUCCAGAGUCAAAGCCAAGCAGCAAGGAUCUUUAUUACAGCAAUCAUUGAGAGUUCCUGUUGCUCCACAUCCUUGCCAGCAUUUGCCAUUGUUGGUGUUUUGGAUUUUGGCCAUUCUAAUAGAGAGCUGUGAUCACUUGAGGGUGUCGUGUCAACCUCGUCUCAUGCACCAGCUGAAUUCAGUGACACUAACAUCCUGGAUCCUGCAGAUGAGAGUAUUAUGACUGCACUACCAGGGAGGCUGCCUGGGGCUGGACACUGCUGUGCUCCGGAGGUGCUUGGUUUGCAGUGUGGGUGGAGUCAACCUGAGAGAAAGCCACAGAAACGCCUUGAGCUGGAGCCCCAGGCUAGUGUUGCUACGCUUUUUUUUUUUUUUUU